UGUUGUGGCGUUGCCUUCCUCCGCACCCGUCCCUCCGCGCUGCUGCUGGAGUUAGCUAGGAACCGGAGUCAGGUCUCUGUCGUGACAGCCCGGUGGGCCGUUCUCCUAAACUUUUCCAAGUCUCGGUUGUGCCUGGAACACGGAGAGAGUGUUUUAUCUGUGUUUUAGAUGCAUGGGAGUGCCCUGGGGACAGCGAAGGGAGAAGACAGUGCCGGUGGUCCUGACUGUUCAGCAGGAUGAGUGAGGCAGAGGGCCAGUUCUACAGCGUUCAGGUGGGAGACUCCACCUUCACUGUACUCAAGCGCUACCAGCAGCUCCGUGCAAUCGGCUCUGGGGCUCAGGGCAUCGUCUGCUCUGCUCUAGAUACGGUCCUCGGUAUACCUGUAGCUGUGAAAAAGCUGUGUCGGCCCUUCCAGAAUCAGACCCAUGCUAAGCGUGCCUACAGGGAGUUGGUGCUGCUCAAAUGUGUCAACCACAAAAAUAUCAUCCGUCUGAUCAAUGUGUUCACGCCUCAGAAGUCCCUGGAGGAAUUCCAGGAUCUGUAUCUGGUGAUGGAGCUGAUGGACGCCAGCCUGUGCCAGGUGAUCCACAUGGACUUGGACCAUGAGAGGAUGUCCUAUCUGCUCUACCAGAUCCUCUGUGGCAUCAGACACUUACACUCUGCUGGCAUUAUCCAUAGGGACCUGAAGCCCAGUAACAUUGUGGUGAAGUCGGAUUGUACCCUGAAGAUCUUGGACUUUGGCCUGGCACGGACGGCCUGCACUAACUUCAUGAUGACCCCCUACGUGGUGACCAGAUACUACCGUGCCCCAGAGGUCAUUCUGGGCAUGAAGUAUAAAGAGAAUGUGGACCUGUGGUCGGUUGGCUGCAUAAUGGCUGAAAUGAUCUCUCACAAAAUCGUCUUCCCUGGAAAAGACUACAUCGACCAGUGGAAUAAGGUCAUUGAGGUUCUGGGCACACCCAGUCUGGAGUUUAUGAACCGACUGAUGGAGACUGUGAGGAACUAUGUGAUGAACAAGCCACAGUAUCCUGGCGUCAGCUUUGCUGAGCUUUUCCCCGACUGGGCCUUUCCUUCUGACUCAGAGCACGACAAACUGAAGACAGGUCAGGCACGGGACUUGCUGUCCAAAAUGCUGGUCAUUGAUCCUGAGAGCCGUAUCUCCGUAGAAGAGGCCCUCAACCACCCCUACAUUCAUGUGUGGUACGACCCUGCAGAAGCCGACGCGCCUCCUCCCCAGAUUUCAGAUAAGCAGCUGGAAGAGAGGGAGCACACCAUCGAGCAGUGGAAAGAACUCAUUUAUGAAGAGGUGAUUGACUGGGAGGAGAGGAACAAGAAUGGACUAAUGAAAGAAGAUUGCUCAGAUGUGGUGUCAGGUUCAGCCUCCCAGUCCUCCUCAGCCAACGACAUCUCAUCCAUGUCCACGGAGCACACCUUGGCCUCGGACACAGACAGCAGCAGCAUCGACACACUGACGGGACCGCUGGACGAGAGUCAGUGAACGCAGCCCAUGGCCACAUCUGUCCCCACCUCCCAUUUACAAUAUCCAAAUAUCAGUCAAUCACCACCAUCCUUUCUUCUGUUUACUCCCUCCCUUCCCAUUUCGGAUUUUUUUUUAUUAUUUUUUUUUUCUUCUCAAAUUAACCUCAAUGAAUAGGUCUAUUUUUCUAUUUUCUUUCCCCGUAUGAUCUGGUGGAUCUUGCUGGUCCUCUUCAUCUUCAAACUUUGUUUUGGACUGUUGCCUAGAGGUCAAAGCUAUCUAUGCUAUAUCUUGGGUCAAAGGUUUCUCUUUUCCUUCUUUGUGGAUAAUGUUUAACUUGAUCAAGUGUAAAGAUGUAUGCAUCCAUAUUGAUUUUCAGGUUACCAGGAGAGGGUGGAGGAUUGUUGUUUGUUCUUUAUGCCUGUUUUUUAAUAGUUUUAUUUUUUUAGCGAAUAUUAAGUUGAGACCAGAGGUUAUUGUCAUCAAAUUAGAGCAGACUCGCACUGAACACAGAGCCAGCUGCUCUCAUGCAUGUUACGCCAAUAAGAACAAAAGCUUCCCGUAAGUCGAGCACACCAACCGUCCGAUGUUCAUCUGAUGAUCAAACACUAAUCCAUAGUUUGAUCAUUUAGCUUUAGCUAUUGCAGAUCUCCACAGUGGUGCUUUCUGCACAGUGUUUUUUAAUUCAUUGGCUUGAGUGAUGUGGAUUUUGAGCUUUUACUCCUGUCAGCUAUGGGAACUUGUGGUUGCAGUGUUAGUUUUAUUUCCUGAUAUAAUGUACUGUAUGUAAAAAUGUCAAGAUCUGACAUUCAUAGUGGCUGCAGACCCUUUCAUUUCAAAUACAGUAGAUAAGGUGUGCUUGUUUUGUUAAGAAACUCAACAUAUCUGUGGAACUAUAUAUUGCAAUCAUCCCCAUUUGACAUAAGGUACUAUCAAUGUGUAUAUCAAAAGAACAUCAUUGUCCUAUAAAUUUGGGAGAGGCAAAAAAAAACAUGUAGUAUUUAUUUUUGUGUUCUUGCAAAAUGUUGCACACAAUCACCUCGAGGCCCAUGGAAAUCAAGCCUCUUGUCAAAACAUUUUAUUGACAGAUAAAUGCAUGGGCUGCUCCUUUUCUAAACCAUUCCAUUAAUACUGGGACAGUAACAAAAUUAAUCAUGAAUCAGACAUCAUGUAAAACACAUGCAAAGGCAGUAAAACACAAAAGAUGGUGUUUAACUUGCAUGAAGGCAGCAACAAUGCCUAUAAGAUACUGUAGUUCUUAUUAAAAAGAGAAAUCCGUUCAGGUCAGUUCUUUUACUUACAGUACCUUGAUGUUCUUGGUUCUGAAAGCCUGUUUGAGAGAUGUUGUAUUUUUUUUUUGCCUUGUAAGCCUAUAUGUGUGUAUGUGUUACCAAAUGUACUGUGGGUCACUGUCCUUCAUUAUCUCCUUUGAAUUGUCCUUAAAGACAGCAGUCGCCCCGUCCCUAAAGGCAACAUCUAUGGAGGAAGUUGGCCCAGCAACAAAAAGCAGACACGUGGUUUAAAAUGAGGAUGUGACUGUGGAGUCAAAAUCUGGACCUUGCAACUGUUAAGAUUGAAACUAAAAGAUGAACCUUGGAAAUGGACUGUGGAGCUGCUUUUUGCUGAACUGAUUGCACAGUGUGAUGGACAUGCAGAAAUAUGACACUAUGGAGUCACUGAGGACUUUCGCACCAUGUUGUACACUAUAUUUUCCUUUUAUGACAUGACCUUAUUCUUUCAGUCAUGCCUUAAAUGACCUGAGGAGUGGCCAAUUCACUCGCGAACAUCUUAUCAGAUAAGGACUGAGCGUUAGUGUUCAGAACAUCUUGUGUGUUUACCAUGUUUAAAAAAAAAAAAAAAAAAAAAAAGCUCCAUUGUAUACACUGUACAUCUCACACUUUUGUUCAGUUUGUUUCUCCUUUUAUUUUCAGAGAUGUCCUGUGUGAUUGCAAUGACCACAAUAUUAUCACUUGGCCAGCAUCUUUGCCCUUACGCAACUAAUAAAGUGGACAUCAGUGA